AUGCUGAGAUCAUUGUUUGUUGCUUUGGCCGUGUCGGCUGUGUUUGCCGGCGUGCCGACUCCUGAGGAAACAAAGCGGAUAAUGGACCGCCUUUCGGAGGCCGAACAUUUCAAAAACGAACACCAUAACAAGCAGUUUGACCACGAUGCCUUCUUAGGCGAAGAUCAAGCCAAAACAUUUGAUCAGCUGCCUCCUGAAGAGAGCAAAAGGAGAUUGGGAAUCAUCGUGGACAAGAUUGACGAGGACAAAGACGGGUUCGUGUCGCUGGUAGAACUAAAGGAUUGGAUCAGGUACACUCAGAAGCGGUACAUCAAUGAAGAUGUCGACCGCCACUGGAGACAGCACAAUCCUAAUAAUGAUGACGUCAUUCCUUGGGAGGCAUACAGAAAGAAUGUCUACGGCUUCAUGGAUGAGAUGGACCCCAAGGAGCUGAAGACUCCCAACAGCGAAGGUUUCACAUACUCUAACCUUCUGAAGAGAGAUCGCAGGAGGUGGACUUACGCCGAUGCGGACCAAAACGAUGCGUUGAACCAAACGGAGUUCGCGGCCUUCUUACACCCAGAGGAUCACUCUGAAAUGAGGGACGUGGUUGUGCUGGAGACUAUGGAGGACAUUGAUAAAGACCAGAACGGUAAGAUAUCUAUAGAAGAAUACAUCGGCGACAUGUACAAGCCGGAGGACGGCGAGGAUGAGGACGAACCCGACUGGGUCAAACAGGAGAGGGAACAGUUCAAUGGAUACAGAGACACGAACAAGGACGGUUUCAUGGAUGAGAACGAAGUGAAAGAUUGGAUCGCACCUCCGGAGUUCGACCACGCUGAAGCAGAAGCGAGACAUCUAGUCUUCGAGGCAGACACAGAUGCCGAUGAAAAACUCACUAAAGACGAAAUCUUAGAAAAGUACGACCUAUUUGUAGGCUCCCAAGCCACAGAUUUCGGUGAAGCCCUCGCUCGCCACGACGAGUUCUAA